AUGAUCUACCACCAGUCAAUUGUGGACGCAACGCGGUCAGUCUAAAAGGGACUAUGGCCAUUUGUGAGGAGAAGAGCUGGAAGUGAGAAGUAACUUUUAAAACACGACAAGUCCGCACUUUCUUUGUUCUCGCUGCAUUUGCCGGCUUUCACGAUCCCUUCUUCCCAGAACACACGGUUUUAGCAAUGAACUUUCGUUUGCAUCGAAUUUCCAACCGGCCGUUCAAAAAUCGAUUGCAAUUCGCAUUACCUUCGAUUUCCGUACUUAUUUCGCUUAAAACCGUUGUAUUUUUUGUAUUUUCAAGAUGCCGAACUCUUCGAGCACUUCUCAACCGGUGAACACGGACAGCGAGACGGCGUCGACGUCUUACGUGAACUGUAAGUGCUCCACUUGUUCUUUCCCGACCACUCACCGAAAUUUCUCAUCAUACCGCCGGCGUGCCGUAUUUCAACAACACGUUUACAAAUUCCUCCGAAUUUUAGACGUCAAAAUAACCACCGAGCCGGAAUAAUUUCUGUACGAGCUGGAGGCGACGGACUCGGAAAGCAUGAGCAUUGUACCCUGUGCAAAUCUGCUCCAGAAACGGUAAUCCAUCUUCUUGCAAUUUCCAGGGAGGCUGUCCGGAUGUGGAAAUGAUGCUCCGGAUGAUGGAUGGCCAUUCUUCUCUUCAUUAACGAGCGUGAACCCAAAAACUGAAGUUUUAUCGAUUGACUCGAAGCAAUUUCAGCUGCGCAAAUGUGCUCCUCGGUCGAUGAGCACGUAUCCUCAAGGAGAAACUAUCGGUACAAACAGUGAGGUCGAACAGAAAAUCGACGAAUGUAUGCGUAGCAAAGUGGAUUGA